AUGACUCGCGAGGUAAAGGCUGACAAGAGCGACUUGACAAUGGUUUGGCUUGACUUGGCAAUUGCCUAUGGAGGUAUCCCCCACAAGCUGAUUGUGGUAGCUUUGCAUCACUAUCACACCCCAGAACAUGUUAUCAGUAUCCUGAAGAAGCAUUCUAAUGGUAUGCAGCUUAGGUUUACCACAAAUAACUUUACCACAACCUGGCAGGACUUGGAGAAGGGAAUAGUGACCGGAUGCACAGUAACACCUAUCCUGUUUGUGAUGGGAAUGAACAUCAUCAUGAAAGUUGCUGAUAGAAAGACUAGAGGGCCGAAAAUGAACUCAGGAAUUUAUCAACCAUCAAACAGAGGGUUUAUAAAUGACCUGACGAUCACAACAACAACCCAUGUUCAGGCACGUUGGACACUAUCGGCACUAGACGAAGUGGUCAACUGGGCCCGUAUGAAAUUUAAACUGAAGAAAUCCCGGUGUAUGAUCAUCAAGAAAGGGCGGUUGACAAAGCAGUUCAUCAUUCGGGUCCAGGGGGAGGAGAUACCAUCAAUCACUGACAACCCAGUGAAAUGUCUAGGGAGAUGGUACGACAACACCCCGUUUGACAAGAAGAAUGUGAGAAAGGUUGAGGAGCAAGUAACUGAAUGGCUGAAGAGGAUCGACAAGUCAGGACUACAAGGGAAAUACAAGGCUUGGCUAUAUCAACAUGGUGUUCUUCCUAGACUGUCUUGGAACCUGAUGCUGUAUGAGCUACCACUGACAGCAGUUGAAACCUUGGAGAGAUGUACCAUCAGGAAGUUACGAUCGUGGCUGGGAGUACCACCUAGUUUCACGGCAGUUGGCCUGUACAGCAAGACAUCUCAGUUGCAGUUACCAUUGUCCUCCAUCGUGGAAGAAUUCAAGGUGGCCAAGUGUAGAUUGGUUAUGACCCUGAAGGACUUCACAGACAUCAAGGUACAGAAAGCUGGUAUGGUCACAAAGACAGGCCGGAAAUGGUCAGCUGGUGCUACAGUCAGCAAAGCUGAGAGUACGCUGGAGUUACAAGACAUCGUGGGAAACAUCUAUGUUGGUAGACGAGGAUUGGGAGUCGAUCACUUUCAGCAGUGGAGCAAAGCAGAAGGCAAGGAAAAGAGAGACAGAAUUGUAUCUGUGGUGAGAACAGAGGAGGAACAGCAACGCAAAAGUAGAGCAGUUGAGUUAGGACAGCAAGGAUCAUUGACGCGGUGGAAUCUUCCUGAACGCAAGAUUACAUAG